AUGGCCACUGUCUAUGCACAAGAGCAUGGAGGUGGUAUGCGUCCCAUAGCAUUCUUUUCCGAACUAGUUCCUGUGCCGGUACAGGGGAUGCCAGCGUGUCUCAGAGAACGGGCAGCAUGCGCCAUGGCUGUUGAGGGAGCUGCUACCAUCACACUAAGUCAUCCCACCAUCCUGCACACUACCCACCAG